GUGAUUUUAAAGAAUAUAUAAAUUUAUAAAGAAGAAAUUUUAAGCAAAAGUGAAGUGAAAUUUAUUUCGUUUUUCUACAAAACUCCAAUUGUUCAACUCAUUUUCUUCAAUAAUCAUCACAAAACCAACUGUUUGUUAUUCGCCAAUCAAACUAAAUUGUCAAAUAAAAUAUAAAAAAAGACACUGUGAAAAUAAAAUAAUUUCAAGAAUAUUUCCUAUUUGGUUUCGUUAAAAACACUUGACAUAAUUUAUUCACAUAAAUAUGAAACAAACAACUGAGAUCAUUACUUUGUUGAUUUUAUGUUCAAUCACUAAAUACAUUCCAGUCGGUCAAAGCGUUUCAUUGAAACAGUUCGAUACAGAUAAUGAAGCACUUAUCAAUGAAUAUUUUUCAUCAGAAAAAGUUGAUCAAGCUGCUGAACAUUGUCUACGUUUAAUUGGUAGUAAAACAAUGGUAUCAUCACAUGAUACCAAUCCGAAUUAUCACAAUAAUCCUGAUGAAAGUACACUAAGUUAUACAGCACGUAAAUUAAAAUGGCGACUUUGCAUUCUCAAAGAAUUGGAUCGUAUUAAUCGUGGUUUAUAUUCAUGGAAUAUUGGUUCAUUAUUUCAAUAUCAUAAAGAUACCGAUACAGAAGAAUAAAUUCACUUAAACAUGAAAUUAAAACGAUUAAAACAACAGAAAAAAAUACUUACCACAGAAAAAAACAAUACAAAAA